CAAGAAUUUGCAUCAAUGUUGUGUGAAAACUUUCCAUCAGGGGGCAGUGAUGGCACUGCAGCAGGCUUUGGGACGGAGUCAGCCAGUAGCCGGGCGUGGAGGGAACUGGCUGGCUCUCUGUGUGCUGUGGCCAGUGUGAGUCCAGGUGAGAGUAGCCGUCAUCGAGGCAACCACCACCAGUUUCACCACGACUACCAGAGCAGCGGGGACGAGGGCAACGAGGACGGCGAGGAGGACUACAUUGCAGCAGCGGAGGCAGCCAUUGCAGCGCUUGGCAGCAGAGUGGACUCCCGGUGUCGGAGCUUUAGGGACUGCAAGCCACUGCUCAUCCACAACUCAUCUGGAACAGCGGCGAGGGAGUUCCGCAGGGCACCUGUUCAGUCUCCUCUGGAUGAGCCGGUGGUUUUGACGGAUGAAGUGAUCUUCCCCCUCACCGUCUCUUUGGACAAACUCCCAGUCAGCACCCUAAAAGUCAAGGUGAUGGUCACGGUGUGGAAGAGGGAGGCGGAGAAAGCGGAGGUGCAGGAACUCGGCUACCUGAGCGUCCUGCAGCAACGAGAACCAACACACACCUUCAGGCACGACCUGAACACCUUCAAGGCUCAGGUGAGCACCACUCUGACCGUCCUGCCGCCUCCCACCGUCCGCUGUAAGCAGAUGACCGUCUCUGGAAGGCAUCUCGCCGUCCUCAAAGUGUUGAACGAGUCGUCCCAGGAGGAGGUGAGUAUUCGGGAUGUUCGGAUUUUACCAAACCUCAACGCCUCCUACCUUCCCAUGAUGCCGGACGGCUCCGUGCUGCUGGUGGACAAUGUGUGCCACCAGUCAGGCGAGGUUGGCAUGGCGUCGUUCUGCAGGGUGGACAGCCUGGCCUGCCGCCUUCCCAGCAUGCUCAGCGCUUUGGAGGAGCACGACUUCCUGUUCCAGCUGCACCUUAACGACAUGCCGCAAGACGACUCCAACGAGGGGCUGGAGGUUCCCUUGGUCGCUGUGCUGCAGUGGUCAACUCCCAAGAUGCCUUUCACCAACUGUAUUUACACCCACUACAGGUUGCCCAGUGUCCGUCUGGACCGGCCGCGGUUCGUCAUGACGGCCAGCUGUCCGAGCACCGUCAGGGUGAAGGAGCACUUCAAGGUCAAAUACGUUCUGCUCAACAACCUGCAGGACUUCCUGGCUGUUCGGCUCGUCUGGACUCCAGAUGGUCGCGGUCAGAGUGAAGACACAACGCUGGCAGCUGUGGUCUGUCACACUCCUCUCAGUAACCUCGGUCACUGUCGGAAAGGAAGCACUCUGUCCUUCAGCGUGGCCUUUCAGAUCCUCAAACCAGGACUCUACGAGCUGAGUCAGCACAUGAAGUUGAAGCUCCAGUUCACGGCCUCGGUGUCCAACCCUCCACCUGAUGCUCGGCCGCUGUCACGUAAAAACAGCCCGUCCAGCCCGGCGGUUCGAGACCUGCUGGACCGACACCAGGCCAGUCUGGGCCGAUCACAGUCAUUUUCCCACCAGCAGCCGUCUCGAUCCCACAUCAUGAGGACGGGCAGUGCCAUGGAGCGGCGGGCCAUCACCCCUCCUGUCGGCUCUCCGGUCGGUCGGCCGCUUUACCUGCCGCCGCAGGACAAAACGCUGCUGUCGCUGGACAAGAUCGCCAAGAGGGAGUGCAAAGUCCUGGUGGUGGACCCCGUCAGCUAGGGAGCAAGGAAGCAAGGAGGGAAGCUCAAGGAUGCAGUGAGGAGAGGCCACGAGUCAAAAGUUAACGGAAACACCUGAAACACGGCGGGACGAGCCUCAUCAGAAGGUUACAGAGAGAGAGGGAGAGGCACAUUCAGGACUUCACUUUUAAUUUCCCAGAAGCUUCGGUGUAACCUGCUGCCUCGUGUCAUUUAAACAGGAACACAAAGACGAGACUCUGUGCAAAGUGUCUAAACACUGGGAUCCAAACGGUGAUGAACAAACUGACUGUACAGACUGUUAAAUGACAUAUUUAAUAUAAUGUAUUAUCGUGUUUCUGUAUUAUUUAAAGGUGAGAGACGUUUCGGUUUUAUUAUUAUUAAUUUGUGAGAUCUGCAGAAAAAAAAAAUCACACAGGUAAUUGCUGAGUUCAACUUUUAUUUCAGUGUUAUCAUCUGUUCACAAUCAGUAUCAGCAGGUUUCCUGUAGUAAAAUGUAAUUUAACAAGUAAUCACAGCUUUCUGUUCCCUUUGUUUCACAACCUGAACACAACCCUUCAGAAAACUAACUCUGUUCUGUUGUUGGUCACACUGGCAGCGUGCCAGACUGCAACUAUUGGCUUUAUUAUUUAUUAUUAAACUUUGGUUUCUGACCAAAUACAUAUAUUCCCA